AUGAUGGCUAGCUAUCCCGAGCCCGAGGACGCCGCGGGGGCCCUGCUGGCCCCGGAGACCGGCCGCGCAGCCAAGGAGCCCGAGGCGCCGCCGCCGCCGAGCCCGAACAAGGGUGGCGGCGGCGGCGCCGGGACAGUCCCGGAGAAACCGGACCCGGCGCAGAAGCCCCCAUACUCGUACGUGGCGCUCAUCGCCAUGGCGAUCCGUGAGAGCGCAGAGAAGAGGCUCACGCUGUCCGGCAUCUACCAGUACAUUAUCGCCAAGUUCCCGUUCUACGAGAAGAACAAGAAGGGCUGGCAGAAUAGCAUCCGCCACAACCUCAGCCUCAACGAGUGCUUCAUCAAGGUGCCGCGCGAGGGCGGCGGCGAGCGCAAGGGCAACUACUGGACGCUGGACCCUGCCUGCGAGGACAUGUUCGAGAAGGGCAACUACCGGCGCCGCCGCCGCAUGAAACGACCCUUCAGGCCGCCGCCCGCGCACUUCCAGCCGGGCAAGGGGCUCUUUGGGGCCGGAGGUGCCGCGGGUGGCUGCGGCGUGGCAGGCGCGGGGACCGACGGCUACGGCUACCUGGCGCCCCCCAAGUACCUGCAGUCCGGCUUCCUCAACAACUCGUGGCCGCUACCGCAGCCGCCCUCGCCCAUGCCCUACGCCUCGUGCCAGAUGGCGGCGGCCGCUGCGGCGGCGGCCGCAGCAGCGGCGGCCGCAGGCCCGGGCAGCCCAGGCGCGGCCGCUGUAGUCAAGGGGCUGGCGGGCCCGGCUGCCUCGUACGGGCCGUACUCACGCGUGCAGAGCAUGGCGCUGCCUCCCGGCGUAGUGAACUCGUACAACGGCCUGGGAGGCCCGCCCGCCGCGCCCCCGCCGCCGCCGCCUCACCCCCACUCACACCCGCACGCACACCAUCUCCACGCGGCCGCCGCACCCCCGCCGGCCCCGCCGCACCACGGGGCCGCCGCACCGCCCCCCGGCCAGCUCAGCCCCGCCAGCCCGGCUACUGCCGCGCCUCCGGCGCCCGCGCCCACCAACGCACCCGGCCUGCAGUUCGCCUGCGCCCGGCAGCCCGAGCUCGCCAUGAUGCAUUGCUCUUACUGGGACCACGACAGCAAGACCGGCGCGCUGCACUCGCGCCUCGAUCUCUGAAAGGCCAGGGCCCGGUGGCUGCGAGGAUGCAGGAACGCGCGACGCCGGCCUUGGACGCAGUCACCGCCGCCAGCCAGACCGCGCGCCCGCUGGGGCCGCCCCCUGAGCCAGCGCCCACGGCCCCUCUGCGCCUCCGCGCUCCCCUCGGCUCCUCUUUGUCUCCGCUUCUCCUCCUGUGCUCGCCUCCCUGCCCUCUAUGCCUUUCGCUCCUCCGGCCUGCAGGCCGCCUCUCCACCCGUUUUCUGCAGGCCUAGUCUUCUCCGGGCGCCCCAGCGUCCGGGCUGGACACCGGUUGCCAAAAUUCACGGCGAAGAGGAAGUGCCCGGGGCCGAGGUGCAGCCGGGCGUCGGCGGCGCAGACCUCCUGGCCUUCUCUCACAGGUCGGUGCGCUCGCGCUCGGCUCUCUCCGUCCGGCUGCCGCGCCAUCCUUGGCUAGAAGCGCCGGCCUGGGCGGGCAACGAGACCCGUGCCGACCGAGAAAGGGACGAAAGUGUAUGUCCUCCGCGUACC